AUGUCUUUACAAACACCAGUACCGCCAAAUUCUACAUUGGCUACUACUGCAAGUUCAAAUCAAAGUGGUUCUAAUGAUUUUGUUAAGAAAUUAUUCUUAAUGUUAUUGGAAGAUUCAUAUAAAGAUAUUGUUAGAUGGACCAAAACUGGUGAUUCAUUUGUUGUUAUAAAUACAAAUGAAUUUACAAAAGAUAUAUUACCUCGUCAUUUUAAACAUUCAAAUUUUGCAUCAUUCGUUCGUCAAUUAAAUAAAUAUGAUUUUCAUAAAGUCAAAAUUCCAAAUGAUGCAAAAUCAACUUAUCCUUAUGGUGAAGAUGCUUGGGAAUUUAAACAUCCAGAUUUCAAAAUAAAUGAUAGAGAAAGUUUAGAUAAUAUAAAAAGAAAAGGGCCAAAUAUUAAAAAACCAAGUGGUCUGAUAACAACUAAAGAAAUAAAUAAUAAUGGAAUGGGUCAAAUUGAUUUACAUAUGAAAGAAGAAUUAAAGAAGUUGAGGAAAGAAAAUGAAGUACUACAAAAUGAAGUUAAAUUAUUAACUAACAAAUAUAAAACUGUGGUUGAAAAUAUAGUCACUUUGAAAAAUUAUAAUGAACGAUAUGAUAGAAAUCUUACAAUAUUGGCGAAUACUUUAUUACAAGCUGGAAUAAAAAUACCUCCAUUAGAAAUAGAUCAACAUCAACAUCAUCUAGAUCAUAGUCCUAAAUCACAACCACCUCAAAUACCGUCACAACCAUCACAAGCAACUCCAAUACCAAUACAUUCACAGCCUCAAACACAACAACAACAACAACAACCACCACCACAAGUUCAACCUCAACAACCACAUCAUACACCAGUUUCUGUUCCUUCUCAACCACCUCAUCAACCAUCAUCUAUCCCUUCUUCAUCUGCAUCACCAAUAUCAACUACUCAAAUACCCAAUCCGAAAUUUCAUGUUUUAUUAGUUGAAGAUGAUAAUGUGUGUAUACAAUUAUGUAGGAAAUUCCUAGUUAAAUAUGGCUGUCAAGUUACUGUUGUAACUGAUGGUUUAAAUGCAAUUUCAACAGUUGAACAUACAAAAUAUGAUUUAGUUUUAAUGGAUAUUGUGAUGCCAAAUUUAGACGGUGCUACAGCUACCAGUAUAAUCAGGUCAUUUGAUACAAAAACUCCAAUUAUUGCAAUGACUGGUAAUAUAGAAGAUCAAGAUUUAGUAAACUAUUUACAAAAUGGAAUGAGUGAUAUUUUAGCAAAACCAUUUACAAAAGAUGAUUUAUAUUCAAUAUUGGCUAAACAUUUGCUAAAAGAUGAUAUUGAAAAAGAUAGAAAGAAGCCAAAAUUAGAAUAA